UUUGUAUUUGUAGUCAUGAUAAUAACCAGUUAUUGGUUGAUUUUUUUUUUGUUUUCUAUUUCUUUGUUGUUGUUGUUGUUGUCUUUCACAUAAUUAGUAACAACAAUUCAUUAGGAUUUGAUUGUCAUUUUUGUUUUCAGUGAUCAUUUUAAAUUCGUCAAUCAAAUUGGUUAGAUCAUAGGCAUAGAUCAUCUUCUUUUAGUUUUUUUUUUUUUUUUUUUUGCCAAGAUUCUUGUCUUGAUUCCAAAAUUCCGGUUACAACAAAAACAAAAACAUAAACAAAAACAAUGACUGUAGCAAUAGGUAGUUCACAAAAAACAUUAAAUAAUUUAUUUUCUUUUUCAUCAUUGGCAACAACAUUAUCAACAUCAAUAUUAGGUGCAUCACCAUCAUCAUCAUCAUCAUCAUCAAAUUCAUCAUCAACAAUAUCAACAUUAACAAAUUAUUCACCCUCACCAUCGUUAUCAUCAUCAUCAACGGUUACAUUAACAAGAUUUAAUCAUCGACGUUCAUCAUUUGAUUAUGGUAAUGAUGAUGAUAAUAUUGAUAAUACUGGAUUCAAGUCGGAAAAAUUACCUGUUGCCGGUCUAAGCAAUCUAGGUAAUACUUGUUAUAUGAAUUCCGUUUUGCAAGCAUUGUUUGCAACUAAACCAUUUCGUGAUUAUAUAAUGGCUCACCAUGAAAAUGGACAACUUUAUUCGGCAUUAUCACGGCUUUUUAAAGAAAUGUCUUCAUCCAUUCGUCAUGGUCAUGUGAAUCCAUCACAAUUUCGUUCAACAUUUAUUCAAUUGGAAUCGAAAUUUAAUGGCUGCGAACAACAAGAUGCUCAAGAAUUUUUAAGCUAUGUGAUUAAUGAUUUACAUGACGAAUUAAAUAAACCUAAAUCAAGAUCACGAUCAAAUAAUACGAUGAUUGAACCAAAAUCGGCGCAGGAAGCCUGGUCUAUUUAUCGUUCACGUUAUGAUGAUUCAAAAUUAGUUGAUAUUUUUGUUGGACAAUAUGCAUCAGUGAUUAAAUGUAGUUAUUGUGGUAAUGAAAGUACUUGUUGGGAUCCAUUCUGGGAUCUACCAUUACCGGUUCCAAGAAAUCGUAAUCGUAUCGAUAUUGAUGAAUGUAUAGCCGAAUUUACUGCAGCCGAAAUAUUGGAUGGUAAUGAACAACCGUUUUGUUCACGCUGUAAACAACAUCGUCGAUCAACCAAACGUCUUUCGAUAGUUCGUUCACCGAAAAUUCUAGUGAUACAUUUGAAAAAAUUCUCAAAUAAUGGCUAUAAAUUGUCCAGCGAUAUAAAUGUAAAUCAACAGAUUCGUAUUGACAAUGGUUCAACAACAAUGGCCACAUAUGAACUAUAUGGAUGUGUUUGCCAUCAUGGAUAUCUAUCUCGUAGUGGUCAUUAUACUGCCUAUUGUCAAUAUGAUCAACAACGUUGGUAUCAUUGUGAUGAUCAAAAAGUUCGUGAUUGUACUAAUUCAUUUUCAAUGGCAACAUUAAAAGAUUCAUAUGUAUUGUUCUAUCGACAACAACAACUAGAUCAUCAUUAUUCAUCAAGACUUUAGAUGUUUUUUUUAUAUAUAUAAAAUAUUUCAAUUUUUCACCACCAAAGAUACAUUCAAGAGAAUCAUCAGAUGUUAUUUUGAAAAUAUUAAAAUGAAAAUGAAACCUAACCACACCACUUUUAU